AUUCUAAUGGAACUCCCUCAAUGCUCGGGAAAUCAAGAAUGACGCUUGAAAAAACCUCUAGUUUUGACUGGCAUUGAAGCUUCAUAUAAAUAUAGCAAGCAGACAAUAUACAAGGAAUUUAAUUCAUCAUCAAGAAUGUCGCAACGAAUUAACGAUGUUGUGCGGCUGUGUUGCGAGUUAUCUGCAAACCAACAGAUAAAGACCACAGUGAAGGGAUCUUCCAAAGGGGCGGUGGCAGCAGGAGGACUAGCCUUUGCAGGAGGACUGGUUGGAGGCCCCCUUGGCAUCGCUGUGGGGGGUGCGGUCGGUGGCCUACUGGGAUGCUGGAUGACCAGUGGACAGUUCAAGCCGCUGCCUCAGAUCAUCAUGGAGCUGACCCCGGUGCAGCAGCAGAAGCUCUACGAUGACAUCAUGGCCAUCAUGGGCGAGGUCCAGUGGACCGACAUGGCCCAGCUGACUGCCCUGGUCAUGGGCAAUGCCACCCUACAGCAGCAGGUGACCGCUGCCCUCCUGGGCUAUGUGACCAAAGAGCUCCAGGCAGAGGUGCACUAUGUCGACUGACAAGGCCUCUAUCAGAGAGCACAUCUCUUUAGGGUUUUCAAAGGAAAAUGGAAACGAUGACAUUUUGCACAAUGUCAAAGGACAAUUUAAAAAUGAAGGACAAGAAAUUAUUUAUUAAAAGUGGGGCUGUACACUCAAGGAUGAAAACCUCCAUGGUCUGUGAGAAGGGAAGAAGCCACUGAUUGAAAGUGCAUGAAAUGAGUUGUGGCUAAUUAUUUCAAGGGUUUGUGUGACUAUGUAUUGACUACCUGAGCUAAAAAUUGUGUGAAAAGAAAUACAACCUUUUAAUUCUUUCAAUUCUGUACUCCUGGAUGUCACUUAUAUACAUCUGUGAAAGCUGGCACUUAUCAAGUAAGUUGUUUCUCAUAGACUGGUGUGCUCUGCAAGUUUAACCAGUGAGAAUAUAGGGGCCUAAAUUAGACCGCCUAACACUUCUUGACGGUUUGGUCAAUCAUACUUAGACCGCAGUCUUUUUAUGCAUUUGGUGCCAAAGAUCAAGAUAAUUUAAAUUAGUAAAAUGUUGACAAACUCACAUUCACAUGCUGAUACACCGGGAUUCACACCCAUCUGAAAUGUGUUGAUGAUUGUAAUAUUAUCAAUGAUUAUAGAGCAGGGGUGGGCAAUAUACGGAUCCGGCCCGCGAGGCUAUUCAAUCUGACACGGGGGAGGUUUGAGUAAAAAGAAUAUAUACUGAACAAAAAUAUAAAACGCAACAGUUCAUAUGAGGAAAUUGGUCAACUGAAAUAAAUUCAUUAGGCCCUAAUCUAUGGAUUUUUUUACAUUUUAAAUGACACUUCUCCAGAACCACUUACAGUAGUGAGUGCAUACAUUUUGGUACUGGUCCCCCGUGGAAAACAAACCCACAACCCUGGCGUUGCAAGCACCAUGCUCUACCAACUGAUUCACACAGGACUGGGAAUACAGAUAUCUGUUGCUCACAGAUACCAAAAAAGAAAUGGGCCUCACAAUUGUCCUUAGGAUCUCGUCACAGUGCAUUCAAAUUGCCACUGAUAAAAUGCAAUUGUGUUCGCUGUCCGUAGCUUACGCCUGGCAAUACGAUUGCCCCAUAGUGGCGGUGGGGUUCUCUGUUUACAACGUUGACAUCAAUAAACUGCUCGCCCACAUGACGCCAUACAUGUGGUCUGCGGUUGGGAGGCCAGUUGGACGUACUGGAGGACAUUCCUGAGGUCAGUAUGGCAAUUGCAUGCUACCUCAAAACUUGACACUUUUUUUUUUGGGGGGGGGGGGAUUAUUUUUGGGGAAAGAAACACUCCAGGCCAUUCUUAAACAUCAAACUAUAUAGAAAGUAUGUCAAAACUGUAAUGGACUCAUACAUUUUCAUGGAGCUGGCAUUGCACAUGGUCAUUUUAGGAUUGUGUGUGGCUGCACGGCCAUGGAAACCCAUUUCAUGAAGCUCCCGACGAACAGUUCUUGUGCUGACGUUGCUUCCAGAGGCAGUUUGGAACUGGGUAGUGAGUGUUGCAACUGAGGACAGACCAUUUUUACACGCUUCAGCACUCGGUGGUCCCGUUCUGCGAGCCUGUGCGGCCUACCACUUCGCAUCUGAGCCAACUUACAGUUGACCGGGGCAGCUCUAGCAGGGCAGAAAUUUUACUGACGUGUUGGAAAGGAGGCAUCCUAUGACAGUGCCAUGUUGAAAGUCACUGAGCUCUUCAGUAAGGCCAUUCUUCUGCCAACAUUAGUCUAUGGAGAUUGCAUGGCUGUGUGCUAGAUUUUAUACACCUGUCAGCAACUGGGGUGGCUGAAAUAGCCAAAUCCACUAAUUUGAAGAGGUGUCCACAUACGUCUGUAUACAUAGUGUACUAGAGAGGGAGGGAAUGGAGCUCCAACUUAUAUCCCACAACAACUGUGUCGUCGCCCGGGAACUCGUUAUAGGAAACCUCCAGCUUGAGGUGCGCGGGUCCGUUCCUAAUCCUCCCCGAGGCAUCCUAGUGGGAGCCGUGGCAGGAGCAGUAGUAGUGUGUUAUGAGUUCCCGGACGUUUUCCUGGACUCACUGCUCUCCUGGGAGGACUUCUUGGGGUCUAGUAACUCAAGAUGACAGUAAUCUGAGAAGACUGGGACCUUGAGGUCGGUGUGGGCCAGUGGAGGCUGGUGGGAGGCGCUAUAGGAGGACAGGUUCAUUGUAAAGGCUGGAAUAGAAUUAAUGGAACAGUAUAAAACAUCAAAGAUUUGGAAACCACAUCUUUGCCUCAGUUCCAUUUAUUCCAUUCCAGCCAUUACAAUAGCUUCUCCCACCAGCCUCCACUGGUGUGGGUCAUGCGAAUUCCACCAGGGGCUGCAUAUGAGACAUAAAAUGUAAAAUAACAACAACAUUAUGUUCACAAUUUAAGAAAAUGGUUCAAGUUAUUAGACAGGUUCUGGGCAAUUCCACAGUAAAAGACUCAGAUGUUUCACUUUAAAAUGUACACCAAACAAAAACCAAUGAUUGCAAAGUGAAACUAUGCACAAUGACUAUACAAUUUGAUGCAUAAAUUGGAUUUAUAACAAUUUCCACUGAAAAUUUUACAAAAGCGUUUACUUGAAGAACAAGAAUGACUGUUUGCAUAUUCUGUACUGUUCUUCAAGUAAAUGUGUUUGUAACCUUUUCAGUGGAAAUUGUAUGCGUAGAAUUUACAGAAAUAGUAGCAAAAGGUGAAUGUUUAAAUUCUGUUGCACACAUAUCCAGUAAAAAUGUUGGAUUACAUUAUGAAAAGAGUUUGACUGCAGAAUCUACCAUGUUGUCAUGUGUUGCUGCCAUGCUGUGUUGUUGUCUUAGUUCUCUCUUUAUGUAGUGUUGUUUUGUCUCCCUUGUCGUGAUGUGUGUUAUAUUUUUAAUCCCAGCCCCUGUCUCCGCAGGAGGCCUUUUGGUAGGCUGCCAUUUGUAAAUAUGAAUUUGUUCUUAACUGACUUCCCAAGUUAAAUAAUGGAUAAAUAAAUAAAUACAAAUAAAUGUA